GAUGCGCUAUCCCCUCCCGGUAUCCCGUGCCGCCGGUGGGAUGCGCUGUCCCCUCCCGGUAUCCCGUGCCCCCGGUGGGAUGCGCUGUCCCCUCCCGGUAUCCCGUGCCGCCGGUGGGAUGCGCUGUCCCGUCUCUCCCGGUAUCCAGUCUCUCCCGCUGUCCCGUCCCUCCCCGGGCCGUUCCGGGGCGCGGUGCGGCCGGGCCGGUGCGCGGCGGUGCCGCCAGGGGGGGCCCGCGGGCGGAGGCGCGCAGGGCCCGCGCCGGCGCUCGGAGGAAAUGAAGGCGAGUUCCGCCGAGGCGGGAGCCAUUACCCGCCGCCGGACCUGACCCCCCCUCCGCCGCCGCCGGGGCCCCGCUCCGCGCCCCCCGCGCCCCGCACGCCCGUCCCGGCGCAGGUGCCCUCGAGCCGGGCGAGGCGAUGCGGUGCGCCCGUGCCGCGUGCUGUGCCGAAGCGGCUCUUUAGAUCCUCCCCGGCCCAAGCCUCCCCUGCCAUGGAUGCCUCUGGGGCUCUUGCUUCGGCUCCCUCCUCCGCGGCUCCCUCGGGCUCCCGCAGCCCCAUGUUGCCCCCAGGAGCUGACAGAGAGGAGUGGGGACCGAGGUUCAAUUGUGCCCCUUCCACCUCUGCCGCAGCCUCGCAGGCGAUGCCAGCGUCUGGCCGGAAGAGGAAGGCCAACUUCUCCAAUGACGAGACCGAGACGCUGGUCUGGAAUGUGGUCCGGCAUUUCAGCGCCCUGUACGGGUCCGAGGCCCUGCGGGCGCACCCCGUGCGGCGGAAGCAGCUCUGGACACAAAUCCAAAGCCGCGUCAACUUCCUGGGCUACACCGAGCGCUCCAUCGACGACCUCAAGCACAAGUGGCGCGACCUGCGGCUGGACGUCAAGAAGAAGAUCACCUCCAAGAAGCACCUGCCCGUGAACCGCGCCGGGGGGCCGCUCCACAAGCCGCGCCUCACGCCCCUGGAGAAGAUGGUGGCUUCCACCUUCCUGCAGGCCAGCCACGACUCGGAGCCCGAGAUCAUCCUGGACCCAGAUCUGUUCUUCCCCGGCGCCUCCAAGCAGCCCUUCAUGCACCUGCAGCCCGGCGUGAGCCACCCCAGCAUCUACAUCGACACCAACGGGCAGCCCUCGGCCCUGCCCGACGUGGAGGGCUCGGCCGCGCCGCGCCUGCCCGGACAGAGCCCCGACGCUGCCGGCGGCUGCGAGUACGGCCGCGGAGAGGGGCAGGGCGGCUCCGCCGAGUCGGGAGCGGAGCUGCGCACCCCAGACGCCUCGGCCGUCUCCCCGUCCCUGCGGAACGAGUCCCUGGUCUCCUACGCCUCCAUGUCGGAGGAGGAGGAACGGGAAGGCCGGGAGGUGGAGAGGGGCCACGGCGGGGCAGCGGGGAUGCAGCCGGGGCCCGAGGCGCCCAUGUCGGCGGAGGAGGACAUGAAACUGUCCCGCCAGGCCAUGCUGAUCCGCCGCUGCAGCUCCCAGGGCUCCGUCACGUCGCUGCCCGAGGACUCCCUCAACGCCGCGGACGCUCACUCGGACUGGGGGCACGAGGGGGUGUCCGACCUGCCCGCCCUGGGCCGCGGGCUCGACUCGGCGCACCCCGAGGAGCAGGCAGGGGGCCCGGGCCCGGAGGUGGGCGCCUUGCCCAGGGUACUGAUGGGGCCCACCUGGGAGAAGGCUCCGGCGGAGGAGGAGCCCCCGGCCCGCUCCCCGCUGCACGGCGCCCUGACCGAGGAGUCGCUGCCCUCCUCCGCCUCGCCGCCCGGAGACGCCGCGGCCGCCGCCGGCCCCGCCCGCGGGCUGGGCUGCUCCCGCCUGCGCGAGGAGCGCCGCGACAGCUGGAGGACUAGCAUCCAUCACCUGCUCGACCUGGAGGAGCAGUGGGACCAGCUGUACCACCAGGAGCUGGCCAUGUGGCAGGAGGAGCGGGCCACCCAGCGCGAGGAGCGGGCGCGGGACCGCGAGCUGCAGUUCCGCCUGCUCGGCGUCCUCACGGACAUCCGCGACGAGCUGCGCUACCUGCGCCAGGAGCGCGCCGGCGCCCGCCAGAGCCCGGCCCCGCCGCCCCCCGAGCCCCGCCGCGACCCCAGCCCGCUCCUCGAGCAGCCCAAGGCCGAGCCUGGCUUCCCCGAGCCGGCGGCCGGCAGCGCGGGCUGGGCGGACACCGCCGUGCCCAGCCGGAGCCCCUUCGGCGGCCGCGGCCGGGGCCGGCGCCGCGGGCGGCCGCGUGGCUCCGCUUCCCGACACAGACGCCUCUUCCUGGCCAACAGCUAGGGACGGGCGGGAGCCGCCCCGCCACGGACACCGAGUGCCCGCGGCCGCCCUGGGGGGACGGCGCGCGGUGACGCGGGCGGCGCCCGCACGGAUCCCCGCGGGAGGGGACGGAGGGCACGGGUGGCCGGUGCCGCCCCGGCCGGCCGCGGGCUCGGGGUGCCCCGGGCCGGUGCCACCCGUCCCCGGCGUGCGAGGCACGGGAACGCCCCGAGGUGACACCGCCGCGCCCGCGGGGACACGCGUGUGACAGCGCGGUGACACCACCGCACCCGUGGGGACACACGUGUGACAGCGCGGUGACACCGCCGCGCCCGUGGGGACACACGUGUGACAGUGCGGUGACACCGCCGUGCCCGUGGGGACACACGUGUGACAGCGCGGUGACACCGCCGCGCCCGUGGGGACACGCGUGUGACAGCGCAGUGACACCGCGGGGACACGCGUGUGACAGCGCGGCGUGGCGGCGCUAGUCCAGUAGGAUGUACUACCUGUCGGGGGGUGGGAGUUAGAAACACUUAGUCGCUGAUGUGCGAACAUUUUAUGCAAAUCAUUUAAUGACCUAAUUUGCAUAUAACCAUAAAACUUCUGUUUAAAAAAAAAAAAAGCCUCAAAAAAAAAGCCAGAA